AUGGAGAUCGAUCGCGCCCGCGUCGCGCGCGCGCGCGUCCUCGCCGUGGGCGCCGGAGGGAUCGGAUGUGAACUCCUGAAGACGCUCGCGUUGCACGGCUUUGAAAACAUCACGACGAUGGACCUGGACACGAUCGACGUGAGUAAUCUGAACCGGCAGUUUCUGUUUCGGAAGCGACACGUCGGGAUGUCCAAGGCGGAGGUGGCGAGGGAGAGCGUGAUGAAAUUUCAGCCGCGGGCGACGAUCGACGCGACGCGGGCGAACGUGAAGGAGGCGCGGUUCGAUAAGGAGUACUUUAAAUCGUUCGAUGUCGUGCUGAAUGGAUUGGAUAAUCUCGAGGCGAGGCGACACGUGAAUAGGUUGUGUCUCGCGGCGGAGGUCCCGCUGGUUGAGAGCGGGACGACUGGGUACAAGGGACAGGUGACGGUGCACGAGCGAAGGACGUGCGCGUGCUUUGAGUGCACGGAGAAGCCGACGCCGAAGAGUUAUCCGAUAUGCACGCUGAGAGAUACGCCGGAUAAACCGAUUCAUUGCGUCGUGUACGCGAAGGAAUUAUUGUUCAGCAAGCUCUUCGGAGACGUGAACACGGAGAGCGAUCUGGACGAGCAGGAAGCGAUCGAGGCUGGGGCGUUUCGACGAAACGAAGGCGAGACCGGGACGGAUUUCGCCAAGCGCGUGUUCGCGUACGUGUUCGGGUCGAAAAUAGAGGGGUUACUGCUCAAGGAUGACAUGUGGAAGAGUAGGGCGAAGCCGACGCCGUUGACGACGUCGGGCGUCGGUUUGGAUGGUGCGUUCACGGAGACGCUGCCCGACGCGAAGAGCGCUCGUCGCGCGCAUGGGUUGUUGGACACCCACGCGGUGUGGAACACGAGCGAAUGCGCAAAGGUAUUCGUGAGCGCCACGGCGCGACUCAUCGAGCGCGAACGGCCGGUCACUUUUGAUAAGGACGACGAUGACGCGAUGGAGUUUGUCACCGCGGUGAGCAACUUGCGCUCGGCGAAUUAUGGAAUUCCCGCGCAAAGCCUGUUCGACGCCAAGGGUAUGGCUGGCAACAUCGUGCACGCGGUGGCGACGACGAACGCCAUCGUCUCUGGGCUCAUCGUCAUAGAAGCGCUCAAGAUUAUUCACAAUCAAAUGGAUAAGACGCGCUACACGUUCGUCCUCGAGCAUCCCUCGAACGGGCGUUUCCUGCAACCGCUCUCGAAGGAGGACCCAAAUCCAAAGUGCUCCGUCUGUAGCAACGCACGCGUCGAGCUGGUGUGCAACACGAACAAGUUCACCAAGGGAGACCUCAUAAAGAAGGUGCUGAAGGGUCGACUCAGCGUGCACGCGCCCUCGGUGAUGUUUGGGAGCAGUCAAAUCCACGAAACCGGCGACGACUUAGAUGAGGACGAGGUGGAGCACUACGAGGCACUCGAUAAGCGCACGCUGAGCGCUCUUCCGGGUGGCGGCGUCGUGAACGGGACCAUUUUAGCAGUGGACGAUUUCUCACAGGAGUUCACGUUCGAACUCAUGGUGACCCAUCGCGAGGAGUGGGACGAAGAGAACGACCCCGACGGGUUCAUCAUUCGCGGCGAGGACGUCAAGGCGAGCGAAGCCGUGGCCGAGGAAGCGACGGAGACCGAGGCCGCGGGGGCUAAAGACGACGACGAGGUAUUGCUCAUGGAUGACGAAAUCGAAAUCACCGACGUGAAGCGCGCGCGCGAAGAUGACGACGACGCAAAGGCGAGUAAGAAGCAGCGCGCUUAA